AACUCGGUUUCAAAACUUACCGAAAACCUAAAAUUUGGCCUUUUGUUCAUAACGUUGACCUUUAUAUAGAAGAUAAUAAAGUUACACUGGGUCUGAAGAUUUCAACUAAAUUUAAGUCUAAACUAAGAAAUCUGAAAUCUGAACCGGAGCUGUUCAGGACGAGAUUUAGAAAACGCCAAAAAUAUAAAUAAGCGCGGAUCUUCAAAAUGGCGGACCCCAGGCACAUUCGUCUGCAAGAAAAAGAGAAUAUGGUGAUCCUGGACCUCUCAGGGAGGGGCCUCAAGAGGCUGGACAGGGUGCGGCCAACGUCAGACGACGUCUCCCCGUCAUCAUGCACCACCCUGAUCCUGGACAGGAACGCCAUCUCCAAGAUUGAACACUUGGAAGAAUAUCACAUGUUGCAGCAGUUGUCUAUUGCCAGCAACCGUCUGGUACGCAUGAGCGGCGUUUCCAGGAUAACUACUCUACGCGUGCUUAACCUCCCCAACAACAGCAUUCAGUCCAUCGAGGGCCUGAGGGACCUGAUUAACAUAGAGUGGCUGAACCUCUCCGGAAACAGCAUUAAGGCGAUUGAUCACCUCAACUGCAACAUCAAGCUGAAACAUCUAGACCUGUCCGACAACAGUAUAUCGUCGGUAACCGACGUCUCCAUGCUCACCAACUUAAAGACUUUGUUACUUCAUGGCAACAUCCUGACCUCCCUGAGGAGUGUGCCGGCCUACUUCCCCACCCGCAUUGAAAUCCUGUCGCUGGCGGAAAAUGAAAUCUCCGACCUAGCAGAGGUGUCCUACCUGUCCUGCCUGUCCCAGCUUCAGCAGCUCUCAAUCAUGAACAAUCCUUGUGUCAUGAUGGCUACCUCCUCAUCGGACUUCUGUUUCGAUUGCAGGCCCUACGUUAUCAACUGGUGUUUGAGCCUGCGCAUUUUGGACGGCUACGCUGUCACGCAGAAAGAAAGUUUGAAGGGAGAGUGGUUGUACAGCCAGGGCAAAGGUCGUUGGUUCCACCCAGGUCAGCAUGCUCAGCUGGUGGAGUAUCUGAGCCACACAUGCCCACUGACCAACGAAACAGAGCUGCAGUCUAAAGAGGACGAGAAACUGGUCAGGGUCCUGAAGCAGCAGCGACUGCACCAGAAGCAGUUACAGCAGGGCCCCACCCAGCCACACCCUACACCCCCCGAGCACCACCACCCGCACCGCUCCCCACAGCAGGCCCACCACACGCCAACCCCCACACACCACAGGCCGCGGUCCAUGGCAGCCUCGCCAAUCAAGCACUCGCCUCCGAAGAGUACCAAGAUCCCGGCCAAGAAUGCUUCCCCAAAAUCGACGGGCGUGCCCGCUCCCGUCUCCCCAUCGCCUCAGGGCCCGGCGGACGGGCGACUGCCGGGCAAGGCUGCUUGGGAUUCAGGCCACGUGCAGUUGACCCUCAAACCAGCCUCAACGGAACGAGAGAGCUUGUUGGACAUGGUGUUGCAAGAUCUUGAAGAUGAGGAAACUAUGAGUAACAGCAGUCAGUUGGCCUCUGAGUCACUGUACUUGCCAGUCACCAAUGAGGCCACACCUGGUAAGACCCCUGACCAGCGCCCUUCCACUGCCCCUCCCCACAACAUCCCCUCCCGCGAUGUAGACAUGGCUAGCGAUGCGGUGUCUCAACGGCCUGCAACAGCCUUCACCCCGGAUCUGGUGCCCACCCCAGGAGGUCACAGAGACAUGUCAGGUCUUCGGGGCCAGGGUCACGAUCCCUAUUUGAACGCCCAUGAACCCACCACCGGCAUCAGCAAGUAUGAGGCCUACGACAGCCGGCCCGUCAAACCCCUGAACAAGGAGAAGGUCCCAACUGUGAAACUGACAGCCCACGUCUCUGCCAGCCCCAAGAUGGCCCGCAAGACGAGGUCCCAGGGCAAAACUUCCAAUCCAGGCACCCCCAACCCGGGGACACCCACUCGCCACCGAUCACCCAACAGGGAAGGCCCCAAGAAGGAGGAUCUGUACAGCAGCGCAGAGCUGAAGCGAAUCAAGGAGAUUGCCAACAGCCGGAAGAUUGGGAAGACUCCGAACGCAUCAUCUACCCUGCUCACCCCAUCCCUGUCUCCGAACACCAAGCAGAGCAAGAAGAGGGAUAGGCGGGGAGUCGCGGUGGAAAGAUCCGACCCCAGGGAUCACCAGGUUGAAAGUCAAGCCAGACAUCAGCCUCAGGAGUUGGGCGUGGCAUUGCCUCAGGACAUGGGUGUGGCAUCCCCUCAGGAGGUUGGAGUACCAUCACCUACUCAGGAUGUUACCAGAGAUAUUCAUUCAGAGAAUGCAGCCAGAAGUAAGAGUUCCGAGCAAGAAGAAAAGGCAGCCGUCAAGAUCCAAGCUUUCUGGCGCGGCCAUCGAGCCCGACGGCGCGACCCCGUGGUUGUCGACACCCGCAAUGCCAUCCGAGUCCAGCGGGUGGACGACCACAUCAAAUUCCUCAACAAAGAGCUGGACAGGACAAGGCAGUUGUACGAGCAGGAAAAACAACUGCGUACUCUGCAGAUGGAGGCGUUGAAACUGCUGUGGUCUCAGGUUAAGACACUGCAUGACUGGAAGCAUGACAUGGAGGUCAAAGAGGAGAGCCGGUCGGGCCGGAGGCAGACCAGGAGCGUGGCCACCUCACCGCUCUUUGCCGAGAUUAGCGAGGGAGGGCGGGCGUUUGUGUUCCCCAAACCCCAAGUGGCCAGCCAGGUGGAGGCCGGCCAGGAAAGCCUCCAGCACCAGGUGAAGAGGCUACAGGAGUCUAUGGAUGCCAUUGUCAGCCUCAUAGCAGCCGGUGGAUUGCAUGAUGCACAGUCUUCAAACCAGCCGCCGCAGUCACCUUCCCCACUUCGCAAAAUCAAAAGACCGCAGACUCUCUCAUCGCCAAGUGAUUCAGAAAGUUCCAAACCAAAGCCAAGCAAGCCAGAGAACUUGCGCACUGUGCUGCGUUCGGACACCAGCCUCUCCCUGAGCUGGGAGCCCUCAACUGUCAGUGAGGCGCCACUGUCCUCUGGAAACACUUCAGAACUUUCCAUAUGUGGCUAUCGGCUGUAUGUCAGCAAGGAUGAGCGCCCUCUGGAGACGAUUGAGGUGCCAACUUGCCAAGCCAUAUUAGGUGGACUGUUGCCAGGGAUGUACAGAUUUGCUGUACAAGCCUUCACGACAGCCAGUGAAACAUCAGAGGAGUCAGAUGCUGUCUUUGUUGGCAUUCCUCCAACAAGCGAGUAUGCUGAACCCAGCAAGACUGGAGAUGCAUGGGCUGAGGCUGAGCAACGUGUAGAAGGUGACAUGGAGGAUGCUGGUGAACGCGUAGAUGGUGCUGUCACCAAAGAUGACAUCAGCACACAGCAACAUCUGGAAUUAGAGUCUGACGAUGUGGAAGGCCAAGACACCCUUGAUGAUGCCCUUUGCAGUAGUCUGCCUCCAUCCCCAGAACCGCCCCUCGUCCAAUCUGUCAUUGAUGACUCCCAGAUUGAGAGUAUAGCCGCCUACACCGUUGCUCGGGAGAUGAGCCACGCUAUCGUUGAGCAGGCCUUGCAGGCAGCUCUGAGCGGGGUUGGCUCGGCAGGAGAUGGGUCUGUUGGUGCUCACCUACCCAGAGAUGAUCCAAACGGGGAUAGCUCAUCAGGGGAUGGGAACUCAGGGGACGGGGGAGGAAAAGGAGCAGUAGAUGAAGCAUCCAAGAGUCCAGGUACUGAGUCAUCCCAAGAUGGUAGCUCCUUUAAUAAUAAGGCUGGCAUUACUUCGGUGCAGCAGCCUGUAGAUCACAGUGUUUGCCAGUCGAUUGAAAGUGUUCAAGCUGUCUUGGGUGCCGAUGUCUUGCCUGCAUCUCAACUGAGUGCCAGUCACGUUAUGGCAAAGGAUGAUGGUGAGGAAGGUGAUGAUGAGGUCUUUUUGUUUGUAACGCAUGACCAGAAAACCAUUCCCAAAUUCCCUCAGAGGGACCAGCUGAAGAUGGCAUCCGGGAUAAACCCUCAACGUCAGCAGCUUCAGCAGGGAUACAGCUCUGUCGAUGGCCAUGAAGGCGUGACCUACAAGGGCGACCUGUACUUACCUGUCUUCAGUAUCGAAGGGCCCAACCAGCUCAGCUCAGCCAAGAAUUCAGCAUUCUCAACUGCCUGCAGUGUUCUGUCCAUCAAGAGGCGAGCCACCGAUCCUGUCAAGACGCAGAGUAUGCAGUCCCCUGCCAGCCCAAAGACACGCUCUCUCCGGUCAGCUGAUAACCCAUUCCGAGGUGCCCGGGAGGCCAUGAGGAACUUGUUGGUGCGGGACCACAGGAGCCGGAGCCCCUCCCCAAAGAGACCCUGCAAGCAGCGGUCGCAGUCCCACACCGACACAAAGCACCAGAAAUCACCAGAGCUCCGCGAGCUCAAGCUCAAACCCAGCAAGCUGGCUAUCAAUUUCUCACCAUCGCCACUGGACUCUUUUGCUAUGGAACAAUUCAAUGCUAUCAACUUUGAUGACCGUCCAAAGAGUACCGAACUGGACGCUUUAAAUUUAGAGCUCUCAUCGUUGAAAUUAAGUAAGGAGCAUCUCAGGCACAACAGCUCUGUAGGGCUAAAUGAGGUAUCGAGGAUAAUGAGUAGUAUUGAAGCAGAUCCAAACAAUGCCUCUUCUAUGAAUGAAUUCGACAGGCCUCCAAGAUUCCUGCGGCUGGCAUCCCCAGAAGGGAAUGAGGACAGAAGCGCCGAAUCAGGUCUGCCAGGUUCCGUGGAGCAAAGCCAGUCCGAGGACUCCAGCUUUCAUCCAUCCCCAGCGGUGACUGCCGGUGACCAAGACAUCGAACCAGCUCCUGGUAGGAGGUUCGUCAAGAACGGUUCGUCACACAAGAAGAACGCUCCUGCUGGUGCAGCCAAGCAGAUCAAGGACACCCACCCUCCAGACCCCUCCCAAGAGGCUGCCAGGGCAGGCCGGAGGAGCCCCACGAGUCUGGGGUCACCCGGCAAGAGCAGGCUGCCCAGGAUGUUCUGUGGGAUCCCUGAGCCCAGGGCAAGGUCAGCUUCUCCAUCUACCAAAAUGGUAUCUCCAAAGAAGAAGACCUCGCAUUUCUUCAGCAGCGGAAAGACCAAGGCAGACAAGGCCAAGGCUUCGGAUUCUCAUACUGAAACUUCAUUCCAACGUAGUCGGCCUGCACCCAACAGCCACUCCUCCAACUCCCCCUGCAAGAGCAAGAUGAAACGCCCCAGCAACAUGCCCACCUUGAAGUCCUGCCGCUCGGAGCCCAGCCUCUACCAGAAGUCCAGCUCACUCUCCGGCAGAAGCCCUGUUGCUGAGAUAGGCCCGAACCCAACCUCCAAGGGCCGGCGGAGCUCGGCCAGCCACCAGGGCAGCAUCUCUCCUGGCAACUCCCUGUCAUCACACAGCCACUCCAAGAUCCCGACCAACAAGCACCUGUCAGGGAAUGGCAGUAUUCAGACCCGUAUCAGCCCUCCAAGGAGCCCAAGGAUUGCCAAGCAUAAGAAGGAGGAUUCAGCCAACGGCAACCUCAAGAAGCUAGGAGCUAACAGCCACAGCUCCAGGCAGGGAAGGACCUCGCCAAACACAAACAAUAACAACUACAGUCAAGAUGGAUUGCUGACUACCAAAGUUUCAAGACACAAGAUGGCUGGGGUUCUUCAGAUGUCAAAACAACCUACUUAGAGCAAUCACUGUAACAUCAGAGUUUGGUUUAUUAGUUUGAAACCAGUUUCAACCAACACCUCAUGUAACAUAUUCAUAUCUUGAUGUACAAAAUGUGUUUUUAAAAAAAACAGAGGAAAAAUAAGGAAUAACAGAAAAUGUUUGCAGCAUUAUAGCCAAGAUGUUUUAGAUUAUUAUCUUACAAAGAGAUUUGUAGUUUCAGCAAUUUGGUCCAAAACUAUUUGAUUACAGCUUAUAACCGAUUUUCAGGUUUAAGAAAAAAUUACAAUCAGUUAAAUCUACAUUUUGUGCGAUUUUUAAAACAUGCUCGGCUUAUAAUCUCAGAAAACUGAAAUUGAGAACUUCAAUUUUGCACCAUAGCAAAAUUAACACUUUUCAACAAUUUUCAGAACAAAAAACCUAAUUCCAUUUUUUUUACACAGACAUUUUGGCAGUGGGAUACUUACGGAUUAUUUUUUUAUUUAGGGGGGUAUAUUUGUUCUGGUUACAUUUGAUUUGUCAUGUUCUGUCUUUUCCCCUUUUUUUAUUCGUGAUUUUCAUCAACUAAGAACAAAGUCAAACAAAACGUUGGUCAGGACAGAGAGACCUUUACACGAUACACAGACCAGUGAGGGUCAGUUCAGUUGAAUAAUGGUUCGUACAAGUUCGCAAGUCUGGCAGCAUUGAAUUGUUUACAUGUAGUCACAAGAAUAACAUCCUUACCUUUUUGGUAGCUAUUAAUUCCCUCCAGCGCACCUGUCUUUUUGACGGUGGGCAGGUUGGCUUGAAACUAAUUACAAUUGAACUGAAAUUUACGUUAUUUGUUAGCCGUUCCUGCAGAUGUGGGGAUUGAAAAACAAGGUGUUAUUCAGGAAGGCAAGUCACUGUAAGAUUUUAAGAAGAUGAGAAGAACAAGAAGCCAAUUGGACGGGACCCAGCAUGAGCUGAGCUCAUCGAGCUGUCAACAAAAUUAUCCAAAAAUAACUGUUCAGCAAAAGUCAAACUGAAUGUUGCAUCACAGGUGACAUUGGGCUGUCAGUGAUGGUCUUCAUCCUGAUUAAAAAAAAAAGAAAAUAAUUAGACUCCAAAGAUCGAAAAACAAACACCCCCAAGGAUUUUGUACUAUUCAGAGUUGAGAAAAAUCAUUUGAUUUGCAUAGGAUGCAUUGGUGAUCGAGACAGUAAUGACGACAAGGGGUUGCCCGGAGAGAAGAUGGAGAAUUUCAGCUGAGGGAUCGUUCUCCAGAUCUCAUUACUCCUACUUGAUCUGUAUUUGAGUUUACCCCGGAGACCUAGCCAGCUGCAAACCCGAGACCGUGAGGUGGCAUACAUGCAGAUUAGCGUCGCCUGAGCAAUGCGGCAAGCCGAGGGAGCCAAACACGUCAUCUCUGGGUCCGUUCAAGCAGGCGCAAGACAUUCUUUGCAGUGAGCGUGGAGUGCGUGUGCAUACGUUUCUGCGGGGUUUGGGCAAUCUGUGGGAUUACGAAGGAGUUUGCUGGUCACUCAAGUCGCGUCAGAAGAGGCUUGGUAACAACUGGUUGCCAGUAGCAACAGCCAGAGAGACGUAUGACUCAAUCUUAUUGAAGUUCUAAAUAGUCCAUCUAAUGCACUUUAUUCUUGACAGUGAUGCAUCAGUGAAUUUUUUACUAUUCUGAGCAAAAAGCGACAUUUGACUUUUGCUGUAAUUGGGAACAAUGUGUGCCAGUGCCCGUCACUCGGACCAUUCAGCCAAAAACACAAAUACCCUUUUCCGGUUGAUGAGGGUCUAAAAGAAAGAAGAAAACUCAACCUUUUGGACAGUAUCCCACGGUUUUCACUUCCUGUAUUUUGAGGACAGAACAUGCUUUCUCAACAAAACUGAUAUUUCACAGGUUUCCUCUCAGCCACACAAGAUGACAACAAAGAUUUCCUGUCACUUGGACGUAUAGCACUGUGCAGUAUUCACCUUGCACACCAUCAAAUCUUAACUCGCGUUUCACCUGCUGUUAUACUCAGUCCUAUGCAGCCAAGUAGCCAAUAAGAUGUGUAUUUUGGGACUCCAGGCACACACUCAUCUUUUAGUCGUCAGUUGCGUCUAGUUCACUAAAUCUACCUUUGAACUGAAAAUUCUCAUUUGAAGUUUGAAGACUUUUCCCUGAAAAUCGUUUGUUUCCCAGAUCUGAUCAAUCAGUACAUCUGCUUUAAUUCUUCAUUUACUUGUUCGUGUAAAUAAAGUGAAUUGUUGACAGAUCACCUACAGGAAAAGAAGAGCGGUUGCCCAGAGUCUGCAAAAUCUUCAAUAUUGUAAUUAAACAUUCCCAGUCCGAGGGUAUGUAACCUUUCGACCACAACUCUACGUGUACCGUACGUGGAUGUAGCAGUGUACACCACUGCAGUGUUUCCUCUUGUGUCAGUUCCCACUCAAGUCCCUGUUUGCUGACACGUGGUUAUAACAUAAUGUCAGGGCCGUCACCGUGAUUGCAGUGACAAUACGGCAGUUUGUAGUGCAAAUUGGCACAAUUGCAGCGUCUGCUCUAUUCCUAGAGUGCCGUUUGCGCUCCAGUUUACAGAUACAGUGCUAAGCGAUGCACACUGUCACCCCCCCCCCUCCAGCUGGACGCUGGAUGUUCAAACAGUCUGCCCCGGGACUGCUUGCAACCCAAAGCUGGCAUCCAUCAAAUGGUCUAAAAGGUGUCGCGCCCGGUAACAUCCAAUCUGUCUCAAUGAAUUGAUAAUAUCUCCUGCCCCCUUGCCCAAACCGACUUCAUUACCGACAGCUGUUCGUCAUCAGCACCUCAAUGGAUUGCACCAAUUUGCAGGGACCCUGUUUGCAGAGCUGACAGUCAAGUGACAACACACCAAUAAAUUAUUCUGAAAACUGGAUGCUUUGAAGAGGCUUCAACACUGAUGUUUCUCACAGUGAGGUGUUAUGGGGAGAGAUUUAUAUUGUCUCCUGGCGGUGGCCAGGCUGUUUAACUGCAGUGCCGCUGAGUAAAACCAACAGAUCAAAAUUGGAAAAGUGAUUUUUUUUUGUCACAGACUCUCUGAAAUUUUGAGAAUUUCCUCAGUGAUUUCUUUGCAUGCCGGUACAAAGCCUGAGUGGAAAUCACGAAAAUACAGGAAAUGUCAUUUUUUUAUUGUGUAAUCUGUGUAGGUGUUUAUGCUGUGAUUGGGGUAUACUGUUUUAUGUCAGUAUUUUUCGUGUUCUUUAAUCUUGCCAUCUAUAAACAUAAUUUCAAAGCGCUUACAUGUCACUCCCGCCUGUCCCUUCUAUACAGAAGAUGGAAACUUCAAAGUCUUGAACAAAAGCAAGGUUUCCUGGGUUGAUAUGGACAGUUACAAACUAAAGAACUGUGGAUUUCUUGGACUUCUGAAAAUGCAGGUCACAAGAAAAGUCUGAAAAUGUAUCCAGGCAAAAUGUGGCUAGCCUAGGCACCCAUUUCCAGUGUCCCUGCCAAGAAGUGACGCCAACUUAAGUCUGGUACCCUUAUAAUGAGAUUCAAACCCACGUGAUGGCAAAUCUGCACCAAAACUACGCUGUCUAGUUUGUCAAGUUUCGCAUUGCAUCAUCUUUAAUUUCCAUGUCCUGCCUGUUGAACUUCACGACAAUACCACCUAAUUGGACUAAAGUUUCCGCCCCCCCGAUAAGUGCCCGUUCACCCACUUAACAAUGUCAAUAUUUGCCCAACACUUCCCAGCCCCUUUUUGUAGACUGCGCGUCAUGUUAACAUUUUCAAGAUGUAUUCGCUAAUUGAUCAAUGUGCCAAGACGCAGCAAGUGCGGCUGGCUUUGUGGAGAUUUCGCAAAUGUCAAGUUGUUUUUUUUUCCUCUCCCAAAACAGUGCAGUUUCAUCGUUUUUCCCUCCUACAACAUACAGAACAACGCCGACAACUUGACAGGGAGCAGACAGGGACAAGGGAGCUGUGUUGCGACCGUGGGACGCAUGCAGCCCCACACUCCGCGCAUUAUGCUUCUCUAUUUCCUACCCAUCCGACUCGCUCAAUUGAGCACGCGCCGAGAUGAUUAGGCAUCCCCCAUUUGGCAAUCGGGGCAGGCCACAAGUGCCCUCUCUGAAGCUAUUUGCGUCUGGCAAUAAUGCUUUACGGCCUAACGGCACUACAGGGAGAUAGGUUCACAUGGGCUGCUGAUAGACCGAUGUCAUUUAAGCACAAGCCCUCAUCUUUCACGCUUGCCUAUCGAAAAUCUGGACAUAAAAAGUCAAUCGUUUCUGCGACUCUAUCCACAGUUAAAAUCAUGCAUUUGUCUGAUACACUGCAUCUUGGUAAUUGACUUGCUCAAACCUGGCCUUACAUGGUAAUCCCCCUUUUUCAAAUCCACGUCAGUAUCUGCAACAAUUUGUAGGUCCUAACCGAAAUCUCAGACUGGGUCACUUGAAGUCAAACUGUCAUUUUGGAGCACGUGUACAGGUAAACCGACCAGACUUAUUCAGCAUGUAGAUUAAGGGUCACACUAGAUAAUGCGUUUGUUAUGUGAAAUCUGGUUAAGGCCGGUGUCGUUACAUACUGACAGAUCUUGACUGUUAAGCUCAUUUGUAUCAAAUUAUACCCUGGUAAGAAAAAUAAUGCCCGUUGGAUGAUUGAUUAAGUAAUGGGGGGUGUAUAUUACAGGCUUAUCCAGUGGUGUGUUCCUAUUGUGAACAUUUUCCGUUGCUAAAAGUUGAACAGAUUUUGCCCAACGAGGCCAAAGCAAUGGGCCUGUGUACGGAUGACGUCGUGCUGUUGUUUACUCAAAACUGCACGUGCCUGCACUUGACUGUGGAGCCAGGGGAGGGGGGGGCAGUGGUCCAUCAAGCAGCAUAGGAAAACACACUCGUAAAUGAAGUGUGGCGUCAUACGUAGAGUGCCCUGUUGUACCUACAAGCAGAGAACACUUCUUUUUUUUUUUGGAUUUCUGUCGGUCCCAUUUGUGGUAAUCACAUGCCAUGGAGGCACAGAGUACAUAGAACUACUCGUGUUUCCACGGAUGUGCUAACUUCAGCAAUCUUUUGAAUUUUGUAAGCAUUCUUAGAUGUGAGAUCAAGAGAGAAAUGGACCAUAUCCCGAGUCAAGCUUUUUUGUCCUUGGUGACCGUGGUGAUGUGAUCACUGGUUAUUUUCAGUGGCCCCUGCCAAUGGUGGUAAGCAUUGUGAUUAGAACUGUACAGAGCCAGUUCUUUCCGCCAUUAAAGGGGACCAUAAGGAAUGUCCGGUGACAAAUGUCACAGUGACCCACGAGAAGGGGAAUAACUGGUCAUUUUCUAGACCGAGGCCUCAAGUUUUAAUCGUUGGAUUCACCCCAUGCUCCAGAAAUCAUAUCCAACUAUUUACUGGUAAAAUAAGAAUUUGAAUCCUCCGACUUGAGCAGAAAUGUGAAAUGCUUUUGCAUUCCAAAUAGACUGGUGUCUAUCUUAUUUGAAGUUUCAAAGGGUAAUUUGUUUAGUUGAUUAUGGGUACCCAGUCCCAAUCUGGAGCUCGGGUGCCAAAUUCUGAUGUGCAGCCCCUAAUUGCUAGCACCAUAGGGGGCCUCGUGAGCAAACAGUGACCAUGGGUGAGGGUUCCUCUGUGCAUUAAAAGAAUGUAAAGUCACACUUUCACUACAUAGUAUUAGCAAACCAUCAACAAGGCGUCUGUUCGAGCAUGUGAUUAAGUAUGUAAGUUUUAAAGUAUGCACAACAAAGAUGAUUGUAAAUAUUUUUCUGAAUAUUAUAUGUUUCAUUGGAUCAAUGACUUUUAGAGAUAGUUAACAUUGAAAGGAAUUUCAAAACUGUACAUAAUGUUGCUGUCACUUUGUGAGGCCAAUUCCUUGAAGAAUAAAUACUCCAGAGAAGUCA